AUGUUGUUGGCUUUCCUUCUAACAGUUCUUCUGAGCCAUUCUCAAUGCGUCCAGCAGCACCUUCAACGCGUCGAUCGCUUCUGCGGAAGUCCUGAAAGUUCGGAUAGCCGUUUCUGUGUUCAUUAUACUAGGGUCCGAGAAGGUUGGUUUUUAGAUUAAUUUUUGAAUAAAAUCUAGAAAAGUUUAGAUUCUGAAAAAUAAUAACUGCUUUUCAAAAAAGAAUUUUAAGGUAAAUCAAAUAAAAUUUUACUCCGAUUGACCUUUGAAGCGCAAAAAUAUAUUUAUCCUAGCUUUGUUAAGCUCUCUACGAAAUAUUAUUCAAAAAAAAAAAAUGGAAACACCAUUUUGCAGCGCGGCAAAAUCCAUUGAAAGAAGGAUUCGCUGCUCCAAUCGAACCGGUUGGCAAACCUAACGCGGUUCCAUCAGAUGAUGCCGCGCUCCUCGGCGUAGGUCCACUGACCACUCCUCAUAAAGCUCCUCCAGCUCCAGCUCAAGUAGAAAGCAACAAAAAAGUGGUUAUCAUACCUGGAGCGACCAAAUCGGUCUCACCUAUGGAUGAAGCCCAUUCUGACGUCGGCGGAAGUUCUCUGUCCGCAGUAGGAACUCCGCUCGCUUCCCAACCUCUGGCCAGUCCUAUCGACAACAUCGGAAGACCCAGCUCCGCAGACUUGCUGAAUGUAGGGAACAAGGCUGGAUCGAUCGCCGGCUCUUCUGGAACCGUGGAGAACAAGGCAGCACCAAUUGUUGGGGAUUCUGGAAUCGUUGGACCGAUUUCUGGGGCUUCUGACACUUCUCUGGCCGGAGUUGAGAAGCAGCAAGCGCCGCAACCUCUCGACAGUCCCCUAGACGUUAUAGUCAAGCCAAAAGUCAAUUUGGCUACAGGACCAGCUCCGGCCGACGAAACUUCGGUUGUCACUGGACUCAACCGUCCUGGAUCCAACCCGAAAACGCCCUUAGCCGAACCUAUAGUCCCUGUAAAGCCUGGCGGGAAAAUCGUGUCGGAUGAGGCGGCGUUGCUGUCGUCGGGACCUCUUCCCGCGGCCAUCCCGAAUCCACCGACGAUCCCCGUUUCUGCCGGAAAUCCCGCCUCGCACUCCACUGUCAUGGUCGCCACGGAGAAGCCACCAAUUCCAGUUGUUGGCGUAGGCGUCAUUGACCAUACUCCGGCUCCGCUCGAUGAUCCGGUAUCUUCUUCUUUUAUCUUUGAAGAGAAAAAGAAGUUUUUAGGCUUGUGACAAGCUCAGAACCGAAUACGACACGGUCUGCUUCACCUCCCCGCCGCUGGCCGCUUUCCAGGAAACUCGCGAUUUUUGCGAUGCUUUCGUCAAAAACUGCAAACACACUCUCAUGACCAACCUUUUCACUGAAUUGAGGUGAACUAUUCUGAAAUUUUUUUUAAUGUAACAAGACAUGCUUCUUGAUACUUUCAAGCUCAACAAACUGUGAAAAGCUGUCAGAAUGUUGGUCAAGAUGAAGAUAAACAACUCAUAGUAUUAUAGUACACUGUAAAUGAAAGAAAAAAUCUUUUAGUGAGAAGAAUGAGUCAAUUUCAAAAUUCGGAUUCAAAUAAGUAUCCUAAAAAAAAAUUGGCAACGCACUGUUUUGAAAAUUUAUUUUUUUUUUUGUUGCCAGGCACCUGAAAAUCGACUAUACGGCUUAUUGCAAAACGCAAAAGGAGAGGUUCCGAUACGUGUGUCCAGAGCCACUUAGGUUCCACGCUUACGCAGAACAGGUAAAAUAUCCAAAAAAAAUCCUUAAAAAAUCAGGAUUCAGGCCGUGGAGUUCUGCAUCAGAUACAACGAAAGAUGUCCAGAAGUGAAGCUUCCUUCUAAGCCAGUUCAGUUUAAGGAAAAGGUAAUCAGUUUUUUUGAUUUUUCAGCUCAUGGAAGCGCUUCUGAAUUAACUCUAUUAGUUUCAAAAACAAUAUCAGUGUUUUUUGCAAUGUACUCUAGCUGAAAAUUCCAUGAUGAAUGAAUUAUGAACCUGGGCGUUGUUUCCAGGAUGCUGGCCACAUCUACACUCGCGAAAUCGAGUUCUGGUGCACCAGAACGAAGAGGACGGCGUUCAACUACUGCACCGAGAUCGACCUGCUCAAAGUGCCCAAAUACCAGCUUUUCUGCGGAACCUACAAAUACAUGUGCAUCGAUAUUCUCUACAAACGGGUCAUUUACGGUUAAAAUAUCGAUUCAUUCUUUCCUACGAUAAAUUUGAUUUAUUUCGUCGUUUGCAAUCAGCAAGAAAGUGGACGUGGCGAGGAAUUCGGCCAACUUGAAAAAUUACACCUUUUUUGUUUCUCGAUGGGCAGAAACUACGAAAAUCAGAAAGGGGACAAUGACUUCGCAUCGAUUCAAUUUCGCAGAAAACCGUCAUGUCGCUCCUUUUUGGAAUUUUACUGGUAUUUAUUCUUCACAUAGCCGAUGGCCGGGAUUAUGAGCCAGUUCCUAUUUCAAAGUGGGUUUCCUUUUUCUUUAUUAUACCUUUUUAAGGAUUGAAAACUUGAGCGUUAAAAUUUUUAAUUUGGUUUUUUCCUCUUGGCUUUCUGUCUAAUGCACUUUUUGUUCUAAAAGGCUGGAUUCGGGGAUUUUUUUUCAGGAAGAGAAUUUGAGAAUAAGAAUUUUUGAGCUUGCAGGAUCAAAUUUUUAUUCAAAAUUUUUGAUUUUCGAUCGUUUUGAAACCAGAGAGUUCGUUUGGUUUUUUUCAGUUGAAACAAUUUUCUUCGAAAACGAGUGUUCCUUCAAAUUUUUUCAAAGGAUUCAAUAAGUAUCCAGCAGAGAACCUUUCAUUUUUGCUGAUAAAAAAUGUAGAACCCAAUUUUUCCUGUUAGGUGUUUUGAGAAAUUUAAAGAAAUCCACAUUCAUAUUCUUGAAAACUAACAUCUAACCUUUUUUCCAAUUUUCAGAGACGUUGACGGAAGAGCUGAGUACCGACAUGUGCCCCACCCAGUGGAGCAAGAGCUGGAUGAGCCUAAACCUCGUCGUCGACAUCGGCAUCGACCUCGGUUCAAAAAAACUCCACUUUUCGUAUUUCGUUUAUAUAUUUUUCAGACUUCCAUAUGACAGCGUCUAUGAAGCCCAGCUGGAAGAGUACCAGCGUAAAAGGUUUGGAAAUCUUCCGAUUUAUGAGAAUUCUUUUUUUUAAUGAAUAGAGAUGAAGUGAACAAGAUUCGGAAGCAAAUGCAGGACCGGUACUACGAGGAAUAUUUCGACAGAAUGCGUGGCUAUGCCAUGCAGGUCCAUAUAAAACGGUUUGUUACUUUUAUCAUUUUAUUUUUUCUGAAUUCAAAACAAGAAUUCAUUCAUCUUUUGAAGCUACAACCAACUUCUUCAACAACAGCAAAGCGAAAAGGAGCGUUUCAUCAAGAACAUGAAGGAAUUCGGACUAAAAACUGACGGAAUCCGAGAAAAUACUCCCGAGACUCCAACUGAGCCCCGACCUUUGUAAAUAUACUGUUUUUUGGAUCCGUACUCAUUUCAAUGUCUUCAGAAGCCCUUUCGGAGACGCCCAAGACAAAGCGGAAGUUCAAGGCGGAACGAGCUCGGUACGGCAAAAUUGAACACAUUGAUAAUUCUGUACAAAGUUAUAAAAAAAUCAUGUAAAGUUAAUAAACCUUUGAUAAAAGAUAAUAGAUGUAUAUUCUGUGUACCACGAUUUGGAAUUUCACAGAACGACAUUCCACUGUGACGUUGCGCGCUUUUGCGAACCAGUUGUGCUUUUAAUUUUUUCUUUUAUUAAGGUACUCUACUUUCAUGUGCUCCCACAGCAAUAACAAUCAACUGAAAUCGUGACCCAGAUUCGAAAGACGCUUCGCGAACGCACGCAGCGGAACAGCGGAAUGUCGUUUUGUGAAAUUUCAAGUCGUGACACACAGACUAUAAUCGAUGGGCUUUUCAACUCGAAAAAUAUUCAGAGACCGAGAACUUUGCGACGGAUCGAUGAGAAGUCUGUUCCAUUGCCGAUGAAGUGUCAGAGGUUGCUUUGAAACUUCGAAAAAUUCUUCAGAAUGAGUUUUGAGGUAUCUUCCGACAGUGAGAAAGCACUGUUUCGACGGCGGGAAAACGGAGAAAGAGUUUGAAUCGCGUUGCAAAGGAUAUUUCCAUGUAAAAGAUUUUCUAAUUCAUUUUGAUCUGUUUUUUUUUCUUUUUAGGACUGUCAAAAAUACUUGCCUCAAGCGGAUCCGCUCUACAACAUCGCCUACGGGUUUAAUUCGAAUGUUGGAAUCAAUCUUGGCACUUGGUGAGUCUUAUAACCUCAAUAGCUGAAACUGGAUUAUUAUAAAACUCAAGAAUCUUUGAAGGGAAGUCAAAGGAAUACCGUACUACCCGAUCAACGAAGAAGGAGCCAUCGGCGCAACUUCUCUGAUAAAUGUACCCUUUGGCUCGUGGGGCGGCGGAUAUUCCGAUCAUUUCGGUGUCAGGUUCAUUGCCCUCUACCUUUUCUCACGAAAAAUCUAUAACUUUUUCAGAGAUUACUGGUCGCAAUACCACGAGAUCGGCGCCAAUUGGUACGAAGGAAAGUACGGUUAUAAGGCCGGCUGGAGUGUCCCUUUGGUUCAGUCUCUUGGAGUCGAGGGCGACACUCAUGCGACGGUAACUUUUUCGGUUUUACUAGUCUAGGAAGGAUUUUCUGACUAGAAAAUCUUGUCUGCGCUCUCUUUAUCUAUCCACGCCCAAGAGAUUUCUAAAAUUGUCAUCAUAGAGAACUUUUUCAGAGGGUAGGUUUUUCAAAAAUCAAAUAUUUAGAGAUACUGGCAGUAAUUCUGUUGUUCUUCAGCAUCGCAUUGAAUUUUUUCAGGUUUCUGUUCCAAUAAAGCCCGGAGACGUGGGCAAGCCUAUUGGUGUCGAUGUCGGCGGCGGAGUCGGGCCUUAUUAUCAGCAGAAUCAACACGUUGGAGUCGACCCUUACCAUGGACAGGUAAUCAAGGUAAUCUUGAGUAGUUGACUCCUUAAUGGGUUCAGGUGAACACCAAUUUCGGUGUUGGCGUGCCGAUGGCCGGCGUCGGCGUUGGAUUGGGCCUUGGGGUCCAAUUUCCUUCCAUCGAGGACAUCACUGGUCGUGGAUAA